AGUGGCCAUUUUGCUCAAGGCAACGGCCCCCGACACGCGCGGGUUGAACCGCACGCCUGUACAGGACCCAGUCCAGACCGGGCAGUGACUGGGGGAGCCCAUGGGAUGGAUGUGGGGCCGCCAUGGCAAGCACACACUGGUGGUUGGAGCGCGAGCAGAGGCUGGACCCAAGCAUUCAAGUCUUUAAUACGGUGCAAUCGUUAACCAGACAAAGACGCUGGAGAAGCAUUUUAAAGAUCCUGGACUUCCUCAGCAAGGAUGCAGAGGCUGAGCUGGUUGGCAAGGUCAUCUAUGCAGGCCUCCCAACAAUGACCACCCUUUUGUCCUCAUGUGCAGUCUCCUCUCAGUGGCGCCGGGCCUUGUUCUUGACCAAGCAGUUCCUUCGACACCGCACACAAGACCUGGGCGACUUAAGCGAUCUACGGAUGGAGACCAUCCAGAUCUUGACCGACUUUGGCUUGGUCAAGGCCGCUUGGUCCUUCCUAUCGCUCGAGGUCUUCCAAGACGAUGCGAUCGAGAGAUGCAGGAGCAGCUGCAGCGCUGUGUCAGGAAAUCUGCUGCGAAGGGCUUUGAAAUUAUCCGAAUGGGCCAUUGCUGUUCAGCUGCUCAAGUGUUUUCAAGACCUCCACGUCAAGCCCUCGGCCAAACUCCACACAGAUGCGCUCUUGGGUAUUGCGCUGCGUCACCUCAGCUGGCAAGCCGCCAUGCAGCUGGCAGCUUCUGGUCUUCAACUGGGUGCAUUCAGUUAUACAUCUUUGGUCCGACUCAGUCCUGGUUGGCUCAUGGGUUUUGCCUUGGUGCAACGUGCGAGGGCACGUGCGGAGUUGUCCGCUUUGAGCCGGCAGUCUUCUUUGGUGGAUGAAUUGCUGUCGGCCAGGCAGGGUCAGGACUGGAAGGCGGUCAUGGCCUUUGCUCACUCGAUGGGAAGAUCUUCCCUCAAGGAUGGAGCGCUGGCUUUGAGCCACCGGGCGAUGGAGGUCUUGUUGCACAGUGCUGCAGGCGAUGGGCUUCGGAAGGGAUCCUGGUCUGAGGCCUUGGUGGCCUAUGAGCGGCUGAAGUUCUGCUAUGGAAACCUGCCAAACGAUGAUGCGUUUAGCCUCAUCGACAUGAUGCGUGCCUUCGUUCCGGGGUCUCAAUGGCGAGUGUCCAUUCAGAUCUUGGGCCACUUGAGAUCUUCCACACGAGAACCUGCGACGAGAGCCUUGAGCUACAUCUUAGCACUUCGUGCCUUCUCUCGCACACGCACCUGGCACCCCGUCGUCGCACUCCUGGAUGAGGUGAACCACCAAGGAGUGCAGUGGCACAUUGGCAUGUAUGAUGCUGCUUUGGAAAGCUGCAAGGGUACUUGGGCAUAUCCCUGGAGCCAGUGGACCAGAUCCAUGGGGCUUUUGCAGCUGACACAGGGCCACCUCCUGCGCUGCAACCCCUUCAUGCUGCAAGCAACCCUGCGAGCUUGCCAGUCCAACUACGAAUGGCGCCCCUCCAUCGCGCUACUCCGGUGCCUCUUGGGCAAUGCCCUUGAGGCUCACAGUGAGCAGUACUCCGCAGCUUUGGCGGUGUGCGCAAAGGCCAUGCAGUGGACUUGGGGUUUGCACUUCCUGCGUCGAGACAUGGUGCGCUUGGACCUGAGCAUCAGCAGCACUGCUGUGAAGCCCUCGGUGGAGCUCUUCCAACGAGCCAGCCAGUGGCACGAUGCCUUGAUCUUGAGGAGGAAACUCAACACAGUGAGACGUUGGACUGGGCCCCGAAGACGGGACCAGCGAAGAUGACAGGCCCAGCACCAAAAAG